AUGGAUCAGGAAAAAUUUAAACAGCAAAUAGAAAUCAAAGUACCAGAGGUUGAGCAUGUUUCCGUUAAAGAUGUUAGCGGUGGUUGUGGACAGAGCUUUGAAGUCGUAAUCCCUUCUCCGGAGUUAUGGACUCUAGCUCUCCCUCAUAGAACUCAGAUCCUAUACAACACGGAUAUUAGCUUCAUUCUUCUCACUUUAAACAUUAAACCGGGUUCAAAAGUCAUCGAAUCAGGUACUGGUUCAGGUAGUUUCAGUCAUUCAGUUGCUAGAUCUAUUGGUACCCGUGGCCAGCUCCACUCCUUCGAAUAUCAUCAAUCUAGAUGCCAGAAGGCUCAAUCAGAGUUCAAUCAACACGGUUUAUCUGAUAUCAUCAACGUCUAUCACAGAGAUAGCUGCAAAGACGGCUUCCCUUCACACCUUAACAACUCUAUAGACUCCAUCUUUCUAGACCUACCCAUGCCUUGGCUAGCUAUCCCGCAUGCAAAGAAAUCCCUCCGUAAUGACAAAAUUAGCAGAAUUUGCUGCUUCAGUCCGUGUAUUGAACAGGUACUUAAAACUACAACCACUCUCAACUCGAAUGGCUUUACCAACGUUACCAUGUUUGAAGUUCUCUCUAGAAAUUACGACACCUCUUACACUCAUCUUCCAAAUAUAAACGACGUCACGAAUAAGUUGAAAGCCAUACUAAAGAAAAAGGAGUUUAGAAGGCAGCAACAGAUUGCUGCAGCCCAGAAAAAGCUUGAAUUGAAACUUAAUGAGGCUGGCGGUGAGGCUGGCGAUGAAUCUCUCAACCAGCCCGUCAAUAUCAGUGUUGAAAGCGAACAAACGAGCAAACGCAAACUAGACGAAACCAGUAGUAAUAUCGAUGACAGAAGCACACUGCUCAGUCGUCCUUUCAUGGAUACAAGAGGUCACACGUCGUACUUGACUUUUGCAUCGCUUCUACCUUACGAUUUUGAUGAAAACUUGAAUGAUGAGAAAGCUGUAAAUAACUUGCUGUUAUAG